AAGAGGGACUGCUACUUCUAAUUAUGUUCCUGUUGUUUUAUGGCAAGAAGAUUCCGCGCGGUGUGUGUAGGAAGGAAAGGAAACUUCCCCGCAAUAUCCAUGCUAUAUGAAUGUGGAGGGCUGAGGCUUCUCUUCUCCACGUCGCAUUUUCUCAUAGGGAUUAACCUAUUAUAAAAAACCACUCAAAUGGAGAUACGGCGACGGCGACGGCGACGGUUGGGGAACAUCGAAUUUUCGAUGGGUGGUGUCCUUUGUCGAGCGGUAGAGGUUGUGAACGAUACGGAUCCGGGCGUGGAGCUUGCGAUGACGGAGGUGGAGGGCAAUGAAACGCAGGGCACAGAGAUUCUUAGGCUCGGACCUGGGGAGAGGAGAAUGAUCAAGGGCCGCCAGUUCAUAAAACGAAGCUCGAUUUCUAAAGUGCACCGAAGCAUUCAUGUCACUCCCGUGCUUGCCAGCGGCGAACGAGCGAAAAAGGUCUUGUCGGCAAACCAUUUUGCUCGGCACGGGAAGGUCACAUUCCGGAUAGUGGAAGGGGAACUGACAAACGACUCGGUAGAGAUCUCCGAUCUCCGCCGCUUGAGGUUCUCCGCCUGUCUUGGAGGAAACCGGUUCUCCGCCUGUCUUGGAGGAAACCGGAGUCGCUGAAGUCCUUGUGCUGUUUUACGGGGUAUAACGAUAUUGGAAAGCUGGUAUUAGAAGUCUGAGUUGGAAGAAUCUGAUUUAGGGGGUGUAGUUAAUUUAGAUUUCAGAGGAUUUUAAUGUACUUUUUUAGGUGGCAGAUUUCAAAAGAGUUUAGAAAACUCUAGAAUUGUAUAUAGAUUUUGAUAGAUUUAUAUGGAUUAUAUAAUAGAUUUUUAUUGAUUUGCA